AUGGGCUCAUUACCAUCUACACGACCAAACUUUCUAGUCAUCGUCGCCGAUGAUCUCAGCUUCAGUGACUGCGGUUGUUACAGCUCAGAAAUCUCAACACCAAACAUUGACCGUCUCGCCUCAGAAGACAGGGGCAUUCGCUUCACGGAAUUCCAUGUCGCUGCAGCAUGUCAGAUCAACUCCAGAGAUUACCAGGAGUUGACCUGCUCACAAGGCAUGAGCGGCAAGCGGCAUCUUGGCCUGAAACCGGAGCAUCAUCCGAAAAAGAGAGGGUUCAAGAAGAGUUUGGCUCUGCUGCCUGGAUGUGCAAAUCACUUUGCGUAUGAACCCGAGUAUCAAGAUUCCAAGUCUGAACCGGUGAAAUUCUUUGAGAUAGCUGCACAAGCGCUGUGUGCCGAGGACGGAAGGAUUCUCGCUGAGAGUGAAUUGGGCCAAGAUUAG